GAGGCCAAUCUACCCAGGGAGAAGGAGGGUGGGUGGCCUUUUCGGAGUGACUUUGGAACUCGCCUUCGCUUGCUCGGUCGAUCGGUCUUUCUCCGAGUCUCUCGGUCGAGUCUGUGGCUCAUUUCUUCUUGUUGUCUCUUUCGUUGUCGCGGUGUACUGAACAAUGGCAUGGCCUCGAUUUUGUUCUGGAAAUGCGAUCGAGAGCGGACUUACUGGACCGACUGACUCGUCAGCAGCCUCGAGCUCUUUUGGUUCAUGUUCUUCGUCCCCCCCCGCGUGUUUGACGGCGAAUGUUGACUCGGGCUUCCACCACUCUGACGACUUGCCUUCCCAAACAAACAGUGCAAGCCGUUGAAGACCUCGGUGAGAGGGUCAGCUACCACUAUUUUCUUGUUGUCGGUCAACGUCUUUAUCGAGAUCAAUCGCGUCUUAAUCGGAUCGCCCGUUAAGUGCCCCCACGGGAUUGCUCGUGUGCUUGACAGCCUGUCCCAAGCCGACCCACCACCCCAGUCUUACAGCGACCACUUCAGGCCAAUGACAUCUCCGGCUUCACCCCGAGCCCCGCAGGACAGUGAUGCGUGGGCCUUAUUGGCCCUCAAAGAGCCGUCUGGACCCGUCAAGUCUAAAUCACCCAUCAAGGCUAUGGAAGUCCCGGAUGAAGACGGGUUCGACGGGCGAUUACGUGAGCCCAUCGCUAAACUGCAAGGCAAAGAGUUCGAGUAUUUGGUGCGACAAAAUCGACUGAUCAUCGGUCGUAACAGCUCGACCCGCGGAGAUGUGGACGUGAAUAUGGGCCAUUCCACGUUUGUGUCCAGAAAACACAUCGAGAUCUUCUACCAAGACAGUAACUUCUUUCUCAGUUGCAACGGCAAGAAUGGCAUUUUUGUGGACGGAACCUUUCAGCGAAAAUCUGCUCCUCCCCUCCAAUUGGCCAAAAAGUGCACCAUGCGUUUCCCCAGUACAAAUAUUCGCCUGUAUUUCCAAUCCCUUCUGGAAGAGUCGGAUCUCAUGAACAAAGUGGAACUCCCUUCUCCCAAUAAAGUGGACAUCAAACCUCUUAGUAUCAACAUCCCCUCAGGUCGAGUGGACAACAACGUAUACCAUGCCUCUCCUCCUCAUUCUCCGGCAGGAACGAUCAGUGUGCCCAAUUCCUGUCCAACGAGUCCGAGUGGGCGUCUGCAUCCCUAUGGGAGCAUUCAUUUGGGUCGCCAUUUGGACGUCAGUUCAACGGGUAGCCGAAGUCGGGUGGUGCCUCAAAGCGGGUUAUUGGGCAAUGUAAGUGGGCCACAGCCUGCCCUCACCGUCGAGAUCGAGGACAGUAAGCCCGAUGUGAACGAACUCACUCAUAAUGCGGUGGUGUAUCCGUCAGAGGAUGGCCAGCAUUUGUCAACCGUUCCACCGGGGGGAAAUCGGGUCAGCCUGCAAGUGACCUCCAAUGGAACACCGUUCCACUUGCCUCCGCCGCCCACGGAGACCGUUUCACCCUCCAAACAGGACGAGUCAAAACCUCCCUUUUCGUAUGCUCAGCUCAUCGUUCAAGCCAUUUCACAGGCUCCGGACAAACAGCUCACCCUUUCGGGCAUUUACACUUACAUCACAAAGAACUAUCCCUACUACAGAACUGCGGACAAGGGAUGGCAGAACUCUAUUCGCCACAAUUUGUCGCUGAAUCGUUACUUCGUUAAAGUCCCCCGCUCUCAAGAGGAACCUGGGAAAGGUUCCUUUUGGCGAAUUGAUCCUGCCUCCGAGCCGAAAUUGGUGGAACAAUCCUUUCGACGCAGAAGGCAAAGGGGUGUUCCUUGCUUUCGAGCGCCGUUCAUGGCGUCCAAUAGCCGCAGUGCGCCUUCCUCACCAAAUCACGUGGGCAUGUCCGGGUUGAUGACUCCCGAGUCGCUCUCCAGAGAGGGAUCACCCACUCCGGCCGAGAUCACCUUGCACGCUGCUCAUCCCGAGGACGGACAUCAAAUCGUUGGCACACACCUCGAGGUCAAAACGUCCACCUUCACCCCGAAUCAACAAAAUGCGCCGAGCCUAUUCAAUCCCAUCGUUCUCACCCCCUCCGGCCAUCAGCAGCCGAUCCAAAUUGCCACCCCAAAUAAUCAACCCCGUGUGAUCGUGGCUCAAUCUGGCCACGGUGGGAACCAACCCCGUCUCCUUGUACCUGCACAAAACUUGACCUUACUUAAUGGCAAUGGCAUGACCACCACCGGCAUCAGCCAGGCUUCGUUCAUGCCAAAAUCGGAGGUUGAGACUCACAAAAUCAUCUCGAGUGGCGGUGGGCCACUGAUUCUUCAGACAGCGAUGCCCAAUAUCAACACCACUACUACGACUUUCCUGACAACGGAUGGCUCGAAUGUGAAACGAAUCAUAUCCGCUGCGCCCUCUGCCCAAUUGGUGACCACCCCCAAUCAUUCGGAAAGCAAUAGCAUUAACCUCUCUGGUGUGACUGUGACUCCAGCCAUGACCAUCGUGAGCACGUCCAGUGCGCUCCCCGUCAUGCACAAUCUCUUGAACCACGGCUCGAAUCCGAGCUUAUCGGUCUCGGUGGCUCAAUUUGUGUCAGCAAAUAACUCCUCGAAAAACGGUGUCACGGUUAGCUUGACCAGUUCGCCUUCGUCCAUCGCUCCCAUUCCGGCCACUACCAUCGAGGUCCCGUUAAAGUCCACGUCUAAGGUUGAAGUCAAGCCCAUCAUGGAGGAGCCUCAGGCCAAACGGGCCCGGAUAGAUACGGUCGUGCCAGCUUCUCAGCCCCAACAGCAGGCCCAGCAGCAUCUGGUGGUGAGCGGGGGUGGCACCAAUGGAGAGCAUCACCACCACCAUCAUCAUCACAACAAUCACCCACAACACAAGUGAUGUUUUUGGUAGCCCCACGCUUGUUCUGUCCCUCCCGGUUUUGGCUUUAUUGUGUAACAAACCAAUCUACUAGUAAUGAAAUACAAUGAUAUUCUUUCUACUUGGAAAAGAGUUCAAACAAAACCCAAGCAACUCCUAACCCCACCCACACCCACACAAAUACCCAGUUAUGGUUGUUCCGAGCUGAGCAAAGCAAUUAUUAUAAUUAUCAUUUUGCCCUCAUCAUUAUUAUUAUUAUUAUCAUUGUUAUUAUGACCGAAUUACAACCGCAUCUUUGUCAUGUUCCUGCGUUUUAGCCGAACCAACUUUGUUUCUAUUCUCGACUUCUUCCGCGGAGGCUCCUUUACUCCCGAUUUUAAUUGGGACCCUCUUCUUACAUCUAUGCAAUCACUGAAUACAUUAUGCUGAUCCUGUCUGAACUAUACGUAGAUACUUCUCUUUUUCAUUUGUUUCGCUGAACUAUUUCUUUGUCGAUGGCCAAAAAUGGGGCAUCAAAAGAGAAGACAUCUGUUGCUGCUGUGUAGAAAUCAUGUUGAAUGUUGCCACGAAUAAACACUAUUCUGAAUAAAUCUGAAUUGUCCUCAAGA